AUGGCCGUGGCCGCCGAGGAGGCGCUGCCACCGGAUGAGCUCGCAGGAGGCGGCGCCGCCGCGGCAGGACACCCGCCGUGCGGCAAGAGGGCCGCGGGCCCGCGGGCGGGGGACGCGCCCGACGGCGUGCCUGGCGCCUGCGGGACUGGCGACGCGGAGGCGCCGCUGGACCCGGCCCCCGCGCCGCCGCCGCAGCCCGCCCGCCGGGUGCUGCGCGCGGCGGUGUCCGACCCGAUGGCCCACUUCGGCUCGGGGAAGCUGCCGCCCUGGCUCAGCGCCCUGGAGGAGGAGGCGGGGCUCCCUGCCGACGGGGGCGCCGCCCGCUUGGCCCCCGCCGGCUGCCCGAGCCUGCCUGGUUCCCCGCGCAGUUCCCGCGCCGAGGAGGAGGAGCGCAGGGAGUCUGUGGCCGCCGGCCAGGCGGCUGCGGACGCGGAGCUGGCCCUCGCCGCCCCCGACGAGGCCGCGCCCCCCGCUGUGGCUUCCGCCACGGGCACGGAGGACCGGCAGGGCUCCGACCUGACGGCGUACUGCGGCAUGCUCGAGCAGCGGGUCGCCCAACUCAGGCUGGCCCUGAGGCACAGCGAGGCGGCCAACGCCGCGCUGCUGCGGAGACUCGCAGGCUCCGACGGCGCCCACGCCCCCGGCGCCGGGGCGGGGCCCCCCGCGGCCAGCGCGCGCCCAGAGGCGAUGCCGUGCUGCAUCUGCCUCUCGGCGCAGAGCGAGUGGGCCUUCACGCCGUGCGGCCACAGGUGCGUCUGCCGGCUCUGCGGCAUCUCCGCCGUGCGCACGGACCGACGGUGCCCCAUCUGCCGAGCCGUCUCCGGCCGCGUGCUUCGCAUCGUGGACCCCUGA